AAUGGCCGGUCAGUCGAAGGCGCACAGGCCGAAAGACGGUUAAUUGUUUAAUUAGUUUUUAAUGUAAAACGUUGUCCCUAACAUUUGUAUGAAAUGGUGAAACUUUAUAAAAUAUUCCUGGGUUACUUUUCAAUUUUGGCGUUGAUCAGGGCCCUCACAGACAAAAAUUCAUGCAAAAGGUACGUGGAUUACUUAUUUCCUUAUGCCAACGGCGCGAGUUGUUACCACAACCCGGAAAUAGACAUGACCACACCGCAAAUCUUAAACGAAAGGCGAAUACCUUACGAAAAUCACACGGUAAUCACCGAAGAUGGCUACAUUUUAACACUCAUCCGGAUGCCGCGGGAAAACCCGAAAGGAGUCAUCAUUUUGCAGCAUUGCCUAUUCUUCGAUUCUAGCGUUUGGUUUCUCGGCUAUCAUCAGUCUGUGGCUUUAACUCUACAUAACGCAGGCUACGAACUAUGGCUGCCGCACUUUAGAGGGACAAUCUUAUCCGAAAAUCACAUAGAUCCAUCCAAAACGCACAAAGAUUAUUGGAAUUUUAGUUUCCACGAACUCGGUUUGUACGAUUUAUCCGCCACUGUGUCGUACGUUAAAAACAAAACUGGCAAUUCAGCUUUGAUUUACAUCGGACAUUCGUUAGGAUCAACCGCUGCCUUUAUUUAUGCUUCCAUGAAAUCCAAGGAUGCCAAAGGGGCCGUUAAAAUCUUCAUUACGUUGUGUUCCAACGUUUUCAUGGGCGGCGUUGCCACACCGCUACGAUAUUUGCUACCUCUGAUGCCACGUUUUCAGGCGCUGGCAGAUUGGUUGAAUUAUGGGAGAUUCUUACUCGUCAUAUUUCCCAAAUUAGUUAAUAAGUUACUGCCGGUCGAAUAUCCGAUCUCGUUAUUGGUAUCAUGGAUCAUAGGAUGGUCUCCCACCGAAAUCGAGCCGGACAUUAUACCGUCGUUGUUGACGUUUGGGCCGCAGCCUACUUCACUGAAAAAUUUAUUUCACUACGGCCAGCUUGUGGAGACUGACAAAUUUCAAGCAUACGACUACGGGCUAAAAAAGAAUCUUCUAUACUACAAUUCGAAUCGCCCGUUUGAAUACCCGUUGCAAAAUAUAAGCGUUCCUUUUUAUCUAAUUGAUGGUACAGAGGAUUCCAUGGUUUCCAAAGAGGGCAUCGAACGGCUUUACAAAACAUUACCGAAUAGUACCAAAGUAUAUGGAAGACUAACCGCUGAAGGGUUAAACCACAGCGACUUUAUUUUUGGAGCGUCGAGGUUCAUAAAAGUUUAUCACAAAAUUUUAAAGCUUUUAGAUAAAAUAACCUGA